AUUGACCUAGAAGUUAUAUUGUUGUUUUCUUUCGGGAAUCUCCAACUCUUGGGAAUACCCUGCAUUCCCUGUUUUGCAUUCUCCCAAUUUCUCUCAAUCUCUCUCUCUCUCUAUAUAUAUAUCUCUCUAAGUGUUUCUCUGUGUGUAUUUUGAAAAUGAGCAUCAUUAUGAAUUCCCGAUUUGUUUUUUGUGUGUAUAUUUUUCAAAUACAUGCCUCUGUGCAUCUGAAUGGUUCGAAUGAGUGUGUGUGUGUGUGUGUGGGAGCGAGUGUGGGCGAUUUGGGGAUCUGGCUCCCGGUUGAGAUCGUGGAGGCCCAUGGGCCCAUUCCUUGUCCGUCGGUCGCCAGCGCCACGAGGAGCGGGAAACGCGAUUCCGAUUUUCUGUGCGCCAAACGAGAGCGAAAGUUCAGUUAUUUCGAUUUUCAAUUUUGUGGUUUUCCUUAGGGGGAAACGCAAUUUAAUUUGGCCCAAAACAAAGACAAAGGCGCGAAAAGAAGCAACCUAAAAAAGCAUAACGAUUUCCGACGCGUGCCAAAGCGACGGGCGGUGGGCAGAGAUGUAUCCACACAAUAUAAUAUGAUUUUCCGCUCGCCGUGCUCUUUCAGUUUCUUUUUUUUGUUUUCAAUUUAUUUUGUAUUUUUUUGUUCUCUGCGGUUUUUGCCGGCUGUUGUCGCGAGCUGAAUGCCGGCGGUUCUCCUCCGACUCGCGGUUCUCCGUUCAGUUCUGCUUGAGUUUCUGGCGACGAGUGACACACACAGAGGGCACUGCCAUUAAACGACAAAACGAAAAACGAAACAUAUCUUAGUUCUAUACAGAUUCUACACCUGAAUAAAAGACACGCACACAAAUCUACACAAAUCUACACGAAUCUACACAAAUCUUCCACUGCAAUUGCAUUGGCUUAAAACGAGGCACAGUGACAUAGACGAUGCCCAAUAACCGCAAUCGUAAUCGCAAUCGAAAUCGCAAUAAACGCAAUCGAAACCAAAAUCAAAAUCAAACACAAACUCAGAAUCCCAGUCAGGAUCAGCCGGUGGAUGAAGGGGAGGAGCAGGAGCAGGACUCUCAACCAGAGAUAGCAGUUUCAUCCUCGACAGAUAAUGAUAAUGGAAAUUCUGGCAACGUUUCAAAUGGGCCAGCACAAAGUCAUAAUAAUAGCAGCAUCGGUGAAGAUGUGACGAACACUGUGGUGGAGAGCCAAGACAGCAAGGGAAACGGGGAAAGCGAGGAAAAUUCGGUGGUACCAGCAACACUCAUCCAAGAAGUGGAAAAUCUAGCCGUGGAAAUGGGUGCCAAGAACUCAAAGCAUCAGAAGGAGAAGUCCGCCAAGCGAGCGAAUGAUGGAAAGGCCGAAGAGCAGGUGCGACCAGGGCCCACGAUAAUCCGAAGGCCACCCGGCAGUCCACGCCAGGCCAAGGUCAUAGUGCAUCGGAUAGUAAGGGAGGAGGAUAGGGUAGAUGCCAAGGAAGAUGCGUUCAAAACAGAAGAGAAAGUGGUGGUCAAAGAGCAGCCACAAGAAGAGGCAGCAGUUGAGCAAGAACCUCUAGAGAUUAUCCCUAGUCCGAAAUCUGAAGAAACUGUAGUAAAGGAUGAUUCUCCAAAGGAAGAACCACCCAAGGAACAAUUCCAACAGCAAGAGGCAGCAAAGGAACCCGAAGAGUAUGUCCUGCAACUGCAAAAAGCCAUGGAAUUUGUGGAAAAUGCACACAAGCAGCAUGAGGCUCUGGUGCAAGAUCAUCAAAAACCAGAAGAAAAGGAGACUCAAGGAGAUGCACAAGCACUAGGGCAGCAGGAAUCAAAGGAUAAAGCACAGAAUCCAAAGGAUCAAGCACAAAAACCAGACUUAGAAGUAAACUCAGCCCAAGGAACAGAGGAAGUAAAGUCCCCAGAGAAGCCACAAACUGAAGAGCCACCGAAAGUUAUAGAAAAAAUCCUGAAGCAAGUUCAGUUUAAAGAGAAUCAGGAAAGGAUUGUCCCAGAACCAGACCUGGCUCCUUCUCCCCUUAAGUCCCAGCACACCUCCAAGGUGAUCAUCCAUCAGAUACGCCUCGAGACCGACGAAGAAGAGCGGGACCGUAAGGGUAAACCCACCAUUGAGGAGAUCAGCAGCACUCCUGGCUCCCUGCUGGGCACUCUUUCGCCUCCUCCCCGCUACCUGGUAGAGUCACCCAAGAAUGUGUCCGGUGGAGGACAGUUUUUAAAGUUCGCCCGGGAUGUGCAGAUCCAGGAGCUGGAGCUGACCAGCGAUUGCAGUUCCGGUGAGUUCAAUUCGCUGCAGUCGCCGCUCGUCUGCGAAGUGGACUCGGAAUCGGAGGGAUCCAUAGUUGCAGCUGGUGUCUUGGGAGCGGAGCGAUCUCCGUCGGAUCCGCAGCUGCCGUCCAGCAGCCGAGUGGAGCAACAGGAGCAGCUGCGUCAGAAGCGCGCCCAGAAGAGGAACGCCCUGGAGUCGCACUUUUUGCCGCAGCUGUUGAAUCCUCGCUACCUGGACAGCAUCCUGGAGGAGAAUGGUGAGGCGCAGUUCAGGAAUUCCGCUGCUUCGUUAGCCUCCUCCUCCGGCGGAAGCGAUCAGGCGGGGAAUCGCACACCCAAGCUCAACGAGACCUUUCCCAAGAGCCAGUUGGACUUUAGCCGGCGGCACAAGCGGCGUGAGGAGGCUCCAAUGCCCCUCAAGCUAGAGACCAAGUUUGUGGAAGAGCCCAGCGACCUGGAGAGCUGCUCCCGCCUCCAAAGCGCCUUGUCCCCGCAGUCCGAAGACGCUGAGUUGGUGUAUCUCAGCUCCUCGGCCUCGAGCAGCGUCUCCGAUCUGAUGGAGCUCGAACUGGAGCAGGCUGCCGCCCUGGCAGAGCGGGCUCUGGUCGAUCUGGACACGGAUGCCAGCCGGCUGAUCCAUCGGCCGGAUGAUGAGAUGAGUAGCACCAGCACCACGACGGCGGACAGAAGCGAAACGGAAGCGGAAACCGAGGCGGAGACAGAAACGGAGACCGAGAGAGAGACGGCGGAGAGCCGUGAGAGCACACCUGUUAACACACUCGCCGCUACGCCCACACCCACGCCCGUGCCAGCGGAGAGAGAGCAGCAAUUGGCAAGAGACGCGGAUACAAAUGUAUCUGGCGGAUCGUCGGCCAGUUUCGGGGCAGCGUCUGCGCUGGCGGCCACGCGCGAGGAGUUCGUUCGCAACAUGGACAAAGUGCGCGAGUUGAUCGAGAUGACGCGGCGCGAACAGGAGCAAGGUGAUGAUAACGAUACGCCGCGUUCGCCGUCCCCGCCGCCGGUUCCCCCGCCCCCCGCCGCCAUACACCAAUACACCGUUCCCCCCUUAGAUAGCACCCCUGCACAGUACACACCAAGUGCCACCACCUCCAGUCUCGCGCCACUGCAGCUGCCGGUACAGCUGCUGCGGCAAGAGUCCAAUGACUCGCACUGCUCCGACAGCACCACCCACAGCCAGUGCACGGCCAUCAAUUUGGCCAGUCCCCCGCUUCCCAGCCACCCACAGCCACCCACUCCACCCAUCCGGCAGAAGCCUGCACCCGCCACGCCCACUACCACGCCCACAACCACGCCUACGACCACGCCUAUACCCCAGCCAGAGCCCUCAGAGCUUUCCGUUGCAGAUCAGGACACGGAUGCCAUCAAGAAGCUGCGUCUGCUGUGCACCGAGCAGCUAGCUUCCAUGCCCUAUGGCGAGCAAGUGCUGGAGGAGCUAGCCACCGUGGCCCAGAACAUAGCCGAUCAAUCGGAUCAGACCAGGAUGCCGUAUCCCAUGCCCCAGUUGCCGCACAUCAAGGAGCUGCAGUUGUCACAGUCGGAGGCCGGCAAGUCCUCCUCCGCCUGGUUGGGUUUGCCCACUCAGUCGGAUCCCCAGCUGCUGGUAUGUCUUUCACCCGGUCAGCGUGAGCUGCUGGAUGCCCAGACACAGCCAGAUGACCUCCUCGAUGCCCACCAGAAGUUUGUGGAGCGAAGAGGUUACCACGAGCUGAGCAAGGCUCAGGUACAGGAGCAGGAGCAGGAGCAUGAGCAGCAGCAGAGCGAGAUGCUCAAGACGGCGGCCAUGAUGCGAGAGUUGCGCAAGAGCCUGUCGCCUUCGAAUGUGGAUGCCGCACCGCCCCCGGUGCCGCCGCCGCCGGUGCCGGUGAAGAGCGCCGAAACGGCGGCCAAGGCGAAUGCUAGUGCUCAUCCAAACGCUAAAAGAGAUGACGCAAGCGGGCCAAAACAGAAGAUCGCAGCGCCGACGGGUGAAUCGUCAUCGCUUGAAAAUAAACCAAGGCGAGCAGCUGAUCCCAUUGAACAGCAGCAGCAGUCGGCAGAGCACCGCCAGAGUAGCAGCACCAUUACCAAAACAGCAACAGAGACCAUGACGAGUACCUCAUCCAGUGGCAAGUUCCCCACGCUGGACAGCAUGGAGAGUGAGAUGGCCAGGAUGUUUCCGCAGCACAAGGCGCAGGACAUCUUUGAGGAGCAACGCAAGCGCUUCUCCAACAUUGAAUUCCCCACCACUCAGAGGGAGAAUCAAUCGAAACGCUACUCGAACAUCGAGACCAGCAGCUACGAGUCCAAGAAGCGUCUGGAGAAUGGCCAGGUGGUGUACGAUGUGAGCAGCUCCAGUCAUGAGAAGAAGCAGGAGGGUGAUCCGCCCCAAGAGCAACCGAUAGCUCCGCCCAUCCCCCCGCCGCCCAUUAUGUCAGCGGCGAAAUUAAACGGCAGCACCUUCAUUGAUGGAGACGGUAAAAAUAGCCAGCCACCAGCGAGAGAGAAUGGUGGUGGUGUUGGUGGUGGCAACGGUACGUAUGAGGAAUUUCGGCAGCGUGCCAAGGCCGCCGUGGAUGCCAUUGGAGAUCAGCAACAGCAGCAGCAGCAGCAGCAGCAGAAUGGCUUGGAUCACGACCGCGUGUUCAAGGACUUUGAUCGACUCUCCCAGCAGAUGCAUGCCGAGCUCCAGACUACGCGGGAGAGGAGGGAAAAGUCCGCCUCGCUAUACGAUCUCAGUGGUCUGACCAGGUCUUCGUUUGGUCAGCAGAAACUGGAUGAGCUGCAGCAGCGUCGGCAUGCCCACAUGCAGGAGUUGGAGAAGGAGAUUGAGCGUUCGGCUAGGUCGCGUCAGGAGCGCCUUUCCUCAGUGCCCCGCCAAAUGGAGGCCACCUCGCCGCAUACCCGAGACAUACCCAUCGAAUUGGAGCCCCGUUCCCGGCGUGCGGAAUCCCUGUGCAACCUGAAUGAGCCACCACCGCGUCCACACACCACAGUGGGUCACUACAACCACCCAACUUUGGCGCAGGAUGACUGGUCGCAGUAUGCCAGUGAUCUGGGUUAUUCGGAGAAUAUAGCCCGACCCUUUGCCCGCGAGGUGGAGAUCUGCUACCAGCGCCAGAAUCAGAAUCCCCAUCAGAGAGCUGCCCAUGGCAUCCGGGCGCCACGACUCUCCGCCAGCACCAACGAUCUGAGCAGCUCCAGUCAGUACAGCUUCGAUAGCUACAAUGCCUACGGUGGACGCAGGACCCACGCCCCCAUGCUGAACCAGGCCCAGCAGCAGCAACAGCAGCAACGUCCCCACUACGGCAGCUGCUACUCCAUGAUCGAGCGGGAUCCCAAUCCGAGGUACAUCAGCACCACAUCCAGGAGAGGAGUGAGUCCCGCGCCACCACCACCGCCUGUGCAGCAGCAUCAGCAGGUGCCGCCUCCCGCCUACGAUCGUCAGCAGAGGAGGGCCUCCCUGCCCCGGGAGCUGCACGAGCAGCAGCUAAAGUACAUUCUCUCCAAGGAGGAGGAGCUCAAGCUGGAGGUGGAGCGCCUGCAGCAGGAACGUCGCCGCCUGAUGGAGGAGAUGCAGCGGGCUCCAGUGCUGCCGGCCCCGCAGAGGAGGGAAAGCUAUCGGCCCGCCGCCAAGCUGCCCACCCUCAGCGAGGAUGAGGUCUUCCGCCAGCAGAUGGCCGAGGAGUGGAUGAACAAGGUGGCCGAGCGGGAGGAGAGGCGUCAGCACAAGAUCAUACGCAUCUCCAAGAUUGAGGACGAACAGGAUCACUCCGCCGUGGACAGGGCCACCAUAAGCGACGAGUUCCUGGACCGUGUCAAGGAGCGGCGACACAAGCUGGCCAUGCCGGCGGACAGUGACUGGGAAAGCGGAGCGGAGUCACAGCCCCAGCCACAUAACCAGUCCCAGGCGGAAUCCGAUGUGGAGGCACCACCAGUGCGCAUACUCGAGGGUCAGUCGGAGGCCAAUCUCCGCCAGCUGCCACGUCAUCUGCGGGAAUUUGCCAAGUUCUCCACCAGCGAGCAGCUGCCCGAUGGCGGCCAGAUGGAGCGCCACGAGGAGCAGGAACGCAGGGAGGAGGCCACGGACAACACGCACAGCAGUGCCAGCAAGAAGACGAGCAUUGUCAAGACCUACAAGGUGUCGCGGCUGCCGCCUUCCGUCCAGGACAGAGCCACCACAUCCCAGGCAGACGCAUCUCCUCCAGAAUCCAGGGGAACGGGAACAGGCAUGGGCAUGGGGCUGGGUGUCCGGCUGCGACCACGCCCACCCAAGCAGACCCGCUUCCUGCUCAACGCCCAGCAGCUGCAGCAGCAGCGACAGCGACGCAGCUGGUCCGAGAGCGAUCUGCUCAAGGAGAUUGACAGCGAACUGCAGCUGGCCAAGGGCUUUCUCUAUGCAAAUGUCUACAAAGUCAAGCACGAGUAUAUGAGCGAGCCGGAGACGGGCAACGAUCGUCCCCGGAAAAUGGCACAGUUAGGGCGAAGGCAGUACGAUGGCAUCGGUCCGGUGACCAACGAUGGAAUGCCCAUUAUCCUCAGAUCGGAGGUCCAGGAGCCGCAUCAGCAUGAAUGGUACAAGCGUCUGUAUCAGACAAUUCACAAGCAGAAGAAUGGCGAUGAUUUCGUGAUUCGCUACAAGUGUCCCAGAGCCCGUCCCUCGUACAAGAGCAACGGAUACGUCUCCGAGCCCGAACCCAACUACGACUCCGACUACUCCACAGUGAGGUACCGCACCCAGAAUCCGCACCGAGUGCAGUCCGUUUCCUCGGCUGUCAAUGUGCGAAACCUCAACCAGGACGAGAAGUUGUAUGGUACUAUGCCAAAUCCCAUAAAGUCAGCGCAGAAUUCAUACAAGAAUCAGCCAGGCCGCAUUGAGAACUAUACAACCGGACAUUCGUCGGUUUCCGAAAAGGAAAAGAAGGAGAAUCUAGAACAAUCGAAACUCUCGCCAUUGUAUACUGAAGGUAACUUGUCCAGAGCUCUGGCCAAGGAAUCUGGUUACACCAGCGACUCGAACCUGGUCUUCCGCAAGAAGGAGCUACCCGUGAGCAGUCCCUUGAGUCCCGUGGAACAGAGGCAGGCCUACAAGAGUCUCCAGGCAGGCGGAGAACCUCCACUGCUCGGCUUCCGCAAGCCAGCGCCCGAGAAGCCCCGUGAAAUUGUGGAGGAAUUUGAAUUCAUACAGAUCACUCCCACGCUCACAAAGAUUCGAGUGAGCACCAAGGAGCUGGAAGAGGACGAACCCUUGGCAAAACCACCAAUUUCAUCAAUACCACCACCUCCACCACCACCACCGCCUCCACCGCCGCCGUCACAAACAAAAAAGAAGCCUGCGAAAAUGUUCUCGCAGCUCUCGAAGACUCUGCCCUCGUUCAUUCCCCUGAGCAAGAAGCAGCAGGCUUCGCAGGACGAGCCACCACCAAGGCCGCCCCACCGCAAGUCCAGCUGCACCAAGAGUACGGUGCGAGUCCUGAGCUCAGCCUCCAAGUCCCGGCAUGAGCAGUGCUUCCAGCCGCCGAAUGGAAAUGCCUCCGGUGUGUCCACCAUAACGCUGAGGAAGGUGGCCACCUCGAGUUGUUCGCGUCGGGAACCGAUUUGUCGCUCCAAGUCAGCCGGAGCGGUCUCUACUCUCCUGCAGACCCUUACGGCCACCAAGGAGACUCGUCUUACCCGGCGGGUUCAGCAGCAACAGCAGCAGCAGCAGGCGUCCCGCUUGAGAUCUUCAAGUCCUGGCAGGCGUCCCGCCCGACUCUUGGCCUUGCGUCACUCCAGCCGCAGUCCAGUGGCCUUUGGCCGCAGCAUUUCCAAGGAGCGAAGUUUCGCCGAGGAGAAGAAACGACUGGAAAACACCUUGCCGGCGAAUAGGACCAAUUUUGAGGCCAGCACAAAUAUCCUAAGGGAUCCCUCCUUGAAGUCCCCCCAAGAAGUGAGGGAGGCAGUUCGUUCGUAUGCCACUUCCCGAAGCAAGUCCUUGCCCAGACUUCGCCACACCACGGUGAGCACCACCACACGGCAGACCAUGUGCUUCCCACAAGUGCGACCCCAGACGCUUCUGGAUUGUGGAACACGCUCGCUGCGAAAAUCAUCCUCCAAGGGCGGCAAGGGACAGACCAAGACAGGAUCCAAUGAUAGCCUGCCCAGGAGUAACUCCACCUUCUCCAUUGAUUCGCUGGUGCGUACGGAAUAUGUGCCCAUAGCUCCACCAAAAACGUAUGUGAGCAAAUCCAGGGGUUCAAGCUCCAAGGCCCUGGUUCCUCUCCAGAGCAGCCGCAGCGAGGGUCAUGUUCCACGGAAGCGGCAAUCCGGAAAAUCAGCCGCCAAGCCGCCACCUCCGGUGACCGUUAACUCCUACACCGAGUCGGUGCGCGAGAAGACCAACUUCUGGAACGAUUACAAUGCCAAGCAGGCCAUGUCCCUGCCGCAGGAGUACAAGUUCGUGCCAGAGGAUGUCUGUGACUUCUCGAAUCAGAUUCAGAUCCAACAGCAGCCCUGCAUUGAGGACCUCGUGUGGAAGUACGAGGGCAAGGAGCAGCGUCCUCCCACAAAACCUGUGGCUGUCACUGACAUAGCUCGUCCCCUGUCGCCUCAGUUGAGUCAGGAGCGUCGCUUCUCCCCCACACGGGAGGUGCGUGUCCCGCAGAUCAACCGGGAGGUGCGUUCACCUUCCCGUCGUCGCAUCGACAGUCUGCGCUCCAAGGACAAGGAGCAGGCGGUGGCCAGGGCCAGCAGCCUGAGCAGCGCCGAUGAGCGUGGAAGGAGGACCACGCCUGCUCCCACCAAUGGUCUCUACCAGUGCGGAGAGCUGGCCCACAGUGCCACCUCGUUGACCCACCUGGAGCGGCAUAGCCCGAGCUGCCGGUAUCGCAACAACUGCGAACGCUUCACCGAACUGAAUCGCUUCUACAGCACCCUGGAGCGGGUGGGUCAGCUGGAGAGAGCCACCUCCUCGAGCAGCUUCCAUCCGUUGCGCAAGGAUGCCGAGCUCCUGGACUUUGAUGAGUGGCGAAAGGUGCGACUCCACGAGCGGGCCGAGAAGGAGCUGCAGUACUUGGUGGGCAAGUUGCAGGAUGACCAGAAACAAAGGGAUCUCCACUACCGCUCCAAGGAUGUGGACUCUCUCAAGUGGCGUCAGGAGGCGGAUCAAUCGCUGAUUGCCAAGAAGAAGUCCGUUGAGGAUCUGCGCGAGAACUUCGAGCAGCUGAACCUCCUUCGGCAGCAACAGCAGCUGCAAUCGGAGCCAGUGCAUCGUCACUGGCGGCGCAAUACGGUGGCAGAUUUGGCCAGCAGCCUGGAGCAUCGCAUUGAGGUCGAAACCGAGCUCGAGCCAGAGCGUCACUUGGACAAUGAUCUAGUAAGCACCCUGUCCAAGGAUCAGAUCAAAAAGAUCACCCAGCAGCUAAAUGAGAUCUACUCGGGCAACCGUCAGGCUCCAGCUGUCGAGGAGCAGUAUGUGGUCACCGUGGAGAAGGGCUCUCGCCCUAACGGCCUGAAGGUACGCUGCAACUCAAGCAUCUCCAAGGAGCAGCUCCUGGGACCUGUGCAGCGUAAGCGGGAUGAGCAUCAGGCCAACCAAACCCUGCCCCGCGCCACUCGCAGCCAAUCUCCAGUGGUGGUGGCCAGGGAAACCCGAGGAGCCAUAGCGGCCAAGAACGCAGAGUUGACCCUCUCAAAGGCGCCAGAAGUGCCGCCCCGACCCAAGGCCACGACCAAUCAGGAGGUGAAGAGCAAGCCUAUAACUAAAGAGACUCCCAAGGAACCCAAGGAGGAUGCCCGUGAGCCUGCCGAGAACAUAAACCAAAAGAUUCAAUACUUUGAAGAUCGUCAGUUCGACGAGCCGCCCAAGACCAUUUACCAUGCCCGGGAGGACUCCUCGCCCGACGAGGCCGAGGUGAUGCGCCUCAUCGAGCAGAAUAUGCAGGAGCGCCAGCGUGCCAGGCAGCUGCAUCAGCAUCACCACCAGGAGCUGAGCAACUCCCUCACAGAUCUGAGCGGCGUCUUUGGAGAACGUCCCGCGGCCAGGGUAAAUUUUCACUUGCACAGCCCGCCCGAUCGUCCGCCCGACGAUACCGAGCUUAUCAGCUUUGGGAACGGGUCACCGGAUCCCGCCGACGCCAGUCUUGAGCUCUACUCGGACUCCUAUUACCGCUCGCGUAGUUUGUCGCCUCAGUCCCAGGCCUCCGCCUGCUCCAGCUCCUACCUGCAGCGGGUCUACACCGGCGAAGUGCGCAAAAUGCGACAGCACUUUGAGAGCAUCCAACAGUCCGGGGAGCAGUCUCGGGACCAAUCCAACGAGCGCCGUGAUUUUUUUGGGCUUAGCUCGCUGCGGAGGGCGCGCAGCGAUCCCGAAGUGAGUGCGGGAUCCAAAGACGCCCCGGACACCGCUACGGAGGCGGUGUCAAAGAAGGAGGAACAGCCGGGUGAUGUCCCUCGACUGACCCACAAGUUUGAGUUGCGUGGCGCCACGCCAUCACCGGAGCGUGGCCGAAGGCGCCAGCGGAGCGCUCAGGAUCGACUGAUGCCACAUAUAGACAUCAUUAGCAAGACGGCGGCUCUGAAGCGGGAGCUGCCGGUGCGAGCGAGUCCCACGAGGAGUGUAAGCAGCAACAGCCACUGCUUCGAGCGCCUGAGGAUGCGCUACGAGUCCCCAGAGCCACCGACCCAAAGCUACCUGUCCACCUCGCAUCCGGAUAUGCGGGAUGUGCACGAUAUAUCGCCACACCUGAGUGCCGAUUGGGUGGCCCACAAGCAUCCGCAGCCCUCGAAGCCGGAGGAAGUGCUGCCCAGGAAACCACAGCGAGUGGUGGCUAGGGCCAACUCCACAUCACCACCGCGUCCGGCCAGAUCGCAGAGUCACCAGCUGGGCUCCCGGCUAACCAGCUGCAUGAGGGACAUCUUUGCCAAUCAGAAGUUUGAUCCUUACAAGCAUCGUCCUAAGGCCCGCUAUGUGCCCGAAGGAGCAGAGACUCAAAAGAAGGCUCCUCCUGCCAGUAGCAAUGGAACCCUGGAGCGUAUGAAGAAGACCAUGGCGGUGACUUUUAAAGACGUGAACAUCCACUUCAAGACCCCGAUCAGGCAUGAGCAGCGCCAGAACGUGCCGGAGGAGGAACUAGCCAUUCGCCAAGCGGAGCAUAUGCAGAAGCUCUACCAGGAGGAGCGUCGCCGCAAGUAUCUACAGGAGCUGCAGGACAUGAACUCGCGCCGCCACACGGACAACUUCACGCCCUCGCAGAAGUCACCCAUUGCCCUCAAUCGCUACGAUGACUUCCCCACAGACGUGACCCUCAAGUCGCUGGUGGGCCCAAAGACGGUGGCCCGGGCUCUCUUCAACUUCCAGGGACAAAGCUCCAAGGAGCUCUCCUUCCGCAAGGGCGACACCAUCUACAUCAGGCGACAGAUCGAUGCCAAUUGGUACGAGGGCGAGCACAAUGCCAUGAUUGGUCUGCUGCCAGCCAGUUACGUUGAGAUUGUCAGUCGUGAUGGUGCCCGCACUCCAUCCAAGCGACCCUCGGAGGGUCAGGCCCGUGCCAAAUACAACUUCCAGGCCCAGUCGGGCAUUGAGCUCUCCCUGAACAAGGGUGAACUGGUUACCCUGACACGUCGCGUGGAUGGAAACUGGUUUGAGGGCAAGAUAGCCAACAGAAAGGGCAUCUUCCCAGUCUCCUAUGUGGAGGUACUUACCGACAUCGGUGCCGAGGAUAUUGCGGCCAGGACAACCACCGUGAUCAGCACUCAGAGCACCACCAACCUGCGUCCCAAUCUGGAUGUGCUGCGCACAAAUAUCAACAAUGAGUUCAACACGAUCACGCAAAAUGGAGCCCAGCCCCCGAAUGGCAUCCUGAAGGAGACGCGAACGAUUCACAAGACGGAUGCCCUUCAUGUGGACACCAGCUCGGAGCCUUUGGCGUACCGUGCCUUGUACAAGUACCGACCACAGAACUCCGAUGAACUGGAGCUGCUCGAGGGCGAUGUGGUCCACGUGCUGGAGAAGUGCGACGACGGUUGGUUCGUGGGCACCUCACAGAGGACCGGCUGCUUCGGCACAUUCCCCGGCAACUACGUGGAACGGGCCUAAGGAGGAGACCGAUCCGAUGGAUGGAUGAUCCUCUAAUCUUAAUGAAUUUUAUGAAUUGUAGUCUAAUAUGAGGAGGAAUCAGCGUGGCCGUGGACGAAGGCAGUUCUAUGAUUAAUUCUGAUUUGGUUUAACUGGAUUAUUUUAUGUUGUUGUUGAAUAAUUCUUAUCCUGCUAAUUCUGCUGCUUUCGUUUUGCCGUAAUUUAAAGCUAUUUAUUUAAUUUUAAACAGAUCAUUAAUUAUAUCAAUGUUGGAAUUACGUUUAUUUAUGAAAAAAAAGCAAAAACAAAAAAUAUUAACCAGAAAAGUUGUACCCUCCUCCUCCCACUCCGAGACACCCCAUUCACCCACACAAACCUACACAAACACACACACCAAAUAUCAAAGGAACUCUACAUUAAGAUCAUACAUAUAUAUAUUUUGUCGUUUACCUACUAAUUUUAACUAGUCACAGCUAAUUUCCAAAAAUCAAUUACAAAAAAGAGAUCAUGAAGAAGCUAGUGGAGACCGUUGAACUAAAGUGCCUUAAAGUUGAAAUUUGAAUGACUAAAACGUGAAUUAAAACAAAAAAUAUAUAUAAUAAACACAAAAAUAAUAUGAAACAAGUGCUAAGAUCCCAUGUGCCCCUUGUUGAGUCCCGCCAAAGGGGAUUAUUAUUAUUAUUGAUAAUUAUUAUUAUUAUUUAUGAUGAUAUUGUCGAGUCCGAACCAGCAGAAACCAUUUUAUAAUCAUUACAAAAAGCGUUUAUUACACAGACACUGUUGCAAGCGUAUUUAGUAAAUAAAGAAGAAACUAAAAAACAA